AUGGUCACAUGUAGCAUUAACAAUGUGCUACUAAGCGUAAUGGCAGCAUAUACCUUUAUGAUACUUAACAUUCUUCUUGUUAAGUUCUAUCGGCCUUUGAAUAAUUUGCUCUUGCAUGGUAAGACUAUCAGCAAUAAGACCAUCAAUGAUGGUGCAAAAUCUAGCAAUAGUCUACUCAGACAAUUAGUUGACUUUAUAGUCACACUAACAGUCCCCAAAUCCUGGUUUACUCACUACUAUAUAGUGUUUACUGUGUCUUGUUGUUUAAUACAACUUUUUCCAUGGUAUGGAACCUAUCAACCGGAAGUAGAUACUGUUGAUACUGUAACAUACAAAAAUUACAAGUUUAUUCAUGUGAUGAUGUCUAUUCAAGCUAUUAGACGGACAAUUGAAAGCUUUACAAUAACAAAGUUCUCAUCCAAUUCAAGAAUGAACUUUACUCACUAUAUCGUUGGGUUAGCUCAUUAUAUCUUGAUUUCAAUCAAUUGCUAUGGUUCUUUGGUACCAUUUUCGCAAUCUUCUAUAACGCCCAAAACUGGUAUUAAUGGUAUUACUGUAAUUGAUAUAAUUUUAUUUACCGUAUUCUUAUUGGCUUCAAUAGAUCAAUUCCUCAACCAUUACCAUUUAUCUACACUAAAGAAAUAUACUAUUCCCUCCAAGUUCAAAUACGUAUCAUCACCACAUUACUUAGAUGAGAUAAUUAUCUAUGUCUUAUUCUUUAUUUCUAGUAUAAAGAACAUAACAAGAUUUAGUAGUAUUUCUAUUAUUCAUCUAAACUACUUGCUUAGUACUGUAUUUGUUGUAGUAAAUUUAUCCAUUAGUUCAAUUGAUAAUUACAAAUGGUACAAGUUAAAAUUUAAAGAUGAAUUUAGGCUUAAAUGGUCUAUAAUUCCAGGACUAAUCUAA